CGCUCCCUGCCUCUCUACCCGGCCUCCUCCCCCUGCCAGGGAGUGUCUAUAAAAACCCUGCAGUGUGACAGACGGACACUUUCCACGUCAGUCGGACAGUCAGGCAGACAGACAGACGGCCAAAGAGGACACCCCCCUUUCUUCUCCAAGAACAGGACUCAGUCAGGAUGUCUAUCACUAAGAUUCACGCUCGGGAGAUUCUGGACUCCAGAGGAAACCCCACAGUGGAGGUGGACCUGUGGACAGCUAAGGGUCUGUUCAGGGCAGCUGUUCCCAGCGGUGCAUCAACUGGAGUCCAUGAAGCUCUGGAGCUUCGCGAUGGAGACAAGAGCCGUUACCUGGGCAAAGGUACAAUAAAGGCGGUGGAUCACGUGAACAAGGACAUCGCCCCCAAGCUGAUUGCAAAGAACUUCAGUGUUGUCGAGCAGGAGAAGAUCGACAAGUUCAUGCUGGAGCUGGACGGCACUGAGAACAAAUCUCAGUUUGGUGCUAACGCCAUCCUGGGCGUGUCGCUGGCCGUCUGUAAGGCCGGAGCAGCAGAGAAGGGAGUUCCUCUCUACCGCCACAUUGCCGACCUCGCCGGACACAAAGAUGUCAUACUUCCUGUUCCCGCCUUUAACGUCAUUAACGGAGGCAGCCAUGCUGGAAACAAACUGGCCAUGCAGGAGUUCAUGAUUCUUCCAGUUGGAGCCGCCAACUUCCACGAGGCCAUGAGGAUCGGAGCUGAGGUGUACCACAACCUCAAGAAUGUGAUCAAGGCAAAGUACGGCAAAGACGCCACCAACGUGGGAGACGAGGGAGGCUUCGCCCCCAACAUCCUGGAGAACAAUGAGGCUCUGGAGCUGCUGAAGUCGGCCAUCGAGAAGGCCGGUUACCCCGACAAGAUCAUCAUCGGAAUGGACGUGGCGGCCUCCGAGUUCUUCCGCAGUGGAAAGUACGACCUGGACUUCAAGUCCCCCGACGACCCGGCCAGACACAUCAGCGGAGAGAAGCUGGGAGACCUGUACCGCAGCUUCAUCAAGAGCUACCCCGUCCAGUCCAUUGAGGAUCCAUUUGACCAGGAUGACUGGGAGAACUGGGCCAAGUUCACCGCCUCUACAGACAUCCAGAUCGUAGGAGACGACCUGACGGUGACCAAUCCGAAGAGGAUCCAGCAGGCGGUGGACAAGAAGGCCUGCAACUGUCUGCUGCUCAAAGUCAACCAGAUCGGCUCUGUGACCGAGUCCAUCCAGGCGUGUAAGCUGGCUCAGAGCAGUGGUUGGGGUGUGAUGGUCAGCCAUCGCUCCGGAGAGACUGAAGACACCUUCAUCUCUGACCUGGUGGUCGGACUCUGCACCGGACAGAUUAAGACCGGUGCUCCCUGCAGGUCAGAGCGUUUGGCCAAAUACAAUCAGCUGAUGAGGAUCGAGGAGGAGCUCGGAAGCAAGGCCAAGUUCGCCGGAAAAGACUACCGCCACCCAAAGAUCAACUAAAGCUCUGUCCUGACUUCGUAUCUGUCACCGUGACAACUGACUGACAACUGACGACCCCUGAAGGCCCUCCCCCCUGUAGCUGGGGGUGAGAGGUCAGAGGGUCUUAGCUAUAAUUCCAUUAAUGAUGUUUUCUAUAUAAAACACAAUAAAGACUAAAGAAUAAAACAUGUCUGACUUUA